UGCCUGAGCCCACGGAAGCGGCCGGACCAGGGAUGGCGCCGCCGGCGGGCGGCGCGGCGGCUGCCUCGGACCCGGGCUCGGCCACGGUGCUCUUGGCCGUGCACGCCGCGGUGAGGCCCCUGGGCGCGGGACCGGACGCCGAGGAGCAGCUGCGGAGACUGCAGCUGAGCGCGGACCCCGAGCGGCCCGGGCGCUUCCGGCUGGAGCUGCUGGGCGCUGGGCCCGCGGCGGUCAGUCUGGAGUGGCCCUUGGAGUCAGUCUCCUACACCGUCAGAAGCCCCAGCCAACACGAGCUGCAGCCUCCACCGGGAGGGCCUGGAACCCUCAGCCUGCACUUCCCCAACCCUCAGGAGGCUCAGCAGUGGGCAGCCCUGGUCCGAGGUGCCACUGUGGAGGGACAGAAUGGCAUUGACAGCGUGCCUCCAGCCCUGGGCCCAGAAAUGUGCCCUGUGUCCCCACCCAGCCCCCCUGAAGUGCCCACACCCAAGGCCCCCCAACCAAAGAUGGAUCCUUCCUGGAGUCCUGGAGACUUGGUGGAGAAAGAAGAGCUAGCAGGGCACCUGGCCCAGGCCAUCGAGGGUGGAGAUGAGAAGGGGGCAGCCCAAGCAGCUGCCAUCCUGGCCCAACAUCAUGUGGCCCUCAGUGUCCAGCUCCAGGAAGCCUGCUUCCCUCCCGGCCCCAUCAGGCUACAGGUCGCAGUUGAAGAUGCUGCAUCCUCUGCCCAUGUCUCGCUGCAGGUCCACCCUCACUGCACCAUAGCGGCCCUCAAAGAGCAGGUGUUCUCGGAGUUCGGCUUCCCGCCGGCUGUGCAGCGCUGGGUCAUCGGGCGGUGCCUGUGUGCGCCUGAGUGCAGCCUUGCCUCCUAUGGGGCACGGCGGGAUGGGGACUCUGCUUUCCUCUACCUGCUCUCUGCCCCUCGAGAAGCCCCAGGACGAAGCCCUCGGCAAACCCAGAAGAUGGACGGGGUACCAGGCUGCCUGUUUCCUCCGGUGUCGAGGCUGCUUCAAGCCCCCCAGCCAGCCAGCUCCGGCCUCCCCAGCCCCCUUCAGACCGGCUGGACCUGCCCUUCCUGCACCUUCAUCAAUGCCUCAGCUCGACCAGGCUGUGAGAUGUGUAGCACCCAGAGACCCUGUGCUUGGGAUCCCACUCCCCUAGCCUCCACCGAGCAGCCACCAAAGGUACCUGAGACAGAGCUACAGAAAGGAUGGGGACAGGGUGGCACAACAAGCAGAAUGUUUUCUUCUACCCCCAGGUCACAAGGAGAGAGGAUGGCCCUUCCCUCCCAGGCCCCAGGUUCCUCGAUCCCCUUCCGAACCUCUCAGGGGAUCUCUGCUGACUGCUCACUGGGGACAGAGCCAGGGGUGGGGGAGGGGCCACGAGCCAGAGUCAUUAAAGACACUUCUGAGCCUGCUGAGUGUCCCGUCACUGUGCUUUUGUGCACACAGGGCUGCCGGGAGAUGGAAAAGUAGGAUACAGCCUCUCCA